AUGGCUUGUCCUGUCCUCCUGCGCCUCCUCGUCCUGUCCGUGUGUGUGUGUGGCGGUGUCGAGGUAAACAGCAGCACUAAGCGGAGUUGUAUGGAUAAGGUUCAGUGUGCCAAUGGGAUUCUGCUACCCGUUUGGCUCCCUCACAACCCGCCGCUGCCCCAGCAGGUGAUCCGGGCGAUCAUCUACUUCUUGUGUCUGCUUUAUAUGUUCCUUGGUGUGUCCAUCAUCGCCGACCGCUUCAUGGCCGCCAUCGAGGUCAUCACCUCACAGGAAAAAGAGGUGACCGUCACAGGGCCGAAUGGGGAACAGACAGUGAUAACGGUACGGAUAUGGAAUGAAACCGUAUCCAAUCUCACUCUGAUGGCCCUCGGCUCCUCUGCGCCGGAGAUCCUGCUGUCAGUUAUAGAGGUGUGUGGACACGGCUUCAAAUCAGGUGAGCUUGGCCCUGGCACCAUCGUCGGCAGCGCCGCCUUUAACAUGCUUGUGAUUAUUGCGAUCUGCGUCGUUGUAAUCCCUGAUGGAGAGGUGAGGAAGAUCAAACACCUGCGGGUGUUUUUCAUCACUGCCUCCUGGAGCAUCUUCGCUUACAUUUGGCUUUACCUUAUAAUCUCGGUCAUCUCCCCGGGUGUUGUCCAGGUGUGGGAAGCCCUGCUGACACUCUUGUUCUUCCCCAUUUGUGUUUUGAUGGCAUGGAUCGCAGACCGACGGCUCCUCUUCUACAAAUACCUUCAUCGCCGUUAUCGUGCUGACAAGCGCCACGGCAUCAUUGUGGAGACGGAGGGCGAAUUGGCACCCAACGGCAUCGAUGUUAUCAUGGAGGGGAAGUUCCAUGGCAAUGCCAACGGAGGUCCUAGCACAACUGCCAGCAAUGUCAACAUCAUUGAGACUGGCAAAGACCCAGAGCAGGAGCGUGAGGAGGUAAUCCGUAUGUUGCGUGACCUAAGAGAGAAACAUCCAGAUAAAGACUUAGACCAGUUGAUUGAGAUGGCCAACUACUCUAAUUUGCAGAAGCAACCAAAGAGUCGUGCAUUUUACCGCAUACAGGCCACACGCAUGAUCAUCGGAGCUGGAAAUGUAUUAAAGAAGCAUGCUGCGGCAGAACAGGCUAAACGUGCAGGCUCAAGCUCCGGCCCUGAUGAUGAUCUGGAGAAUUGCGCACUUGUGGCUUUUGAGGAGGAGCGUUAUCGCUGCAGUGAAAACUGCGGCCAGCUGAGUGUAUGGGUUAUACUACGCGGGGGCAGUGGGUCCGGGACAUUCCAAGUGGAUUACCAGACUGAAAACGGCUCAGCCCAAGCUGGAGUGGAUUAUAAUUACAGCGAGGGAACACUGGAGUUUCAACCUGGAGAAACACGAAAAGAGAUAAAGAUUGGCAUCAUAGACGAUGAUGUUUUUGAAGAAGACGAGCAUUUCUUUAUUCGUCUCUCGAACCUACGGGAGCCGGGGGUUGAAGCCACACAGGCCGUCCGAUUGGUGGAACCAAUGGUUGCCACAGUAACUAUUUUGGACGAUGACCAUGCAGGCGUUUUUUCAUUUGGGCGGCGUGAGCUUCUUGUUGCUGAGUGUGCGGGUGUCGCUGAGGUAACUGUCACUCGGGAGACGGGGACCCGGGGCACCGUUGUCAUCCCGUUUCACACCGAAGAUGGAACGGCGCACAGCGGAGUCGACUACCAACAAACACAGGGUGAACUGGAGUUCAGCAAUGAGGAGAGCUGUAAGACAUUACAGGUGCCAAUCAUUAAUGUCCAGGAAUAUGAUAAGCGAGAAAACUUUUAUGUUGUCCUUGAAGAACCUCAGUGGCUCAAGAGAGGAAUUUCAGGUGCUCCCAGUCCUGAGCUCGAAGAGGCAAGGAAGAUUGCUGAGAAGGGAAGGCCUGUCUUGGGCGAACACAGUAGGCUGGAAGUCAUCAUUGAGGAGAGCGUGGCCUUUAAGAUCCGCCAGGGAAUGGCCCCCAAUGGCACGAUAGACCCGGUAGAGAAGGCUCCACCCCUCUGCAUGAGACCUGUUCAUGGAGUGGACACUGUUGAACGUCUGUUAAAGGACACUAAUCUGGCUGAAGUGAUUGGAACACACUCCUGGAAAGAACAAUUCAUCGAGGCUGUCACUGUCAGUGCAGGAGAGGGCAGUGAAGGCGAAGGGGCCGAGCCACGCCGGCCGUCCUGCUGCGACUACUUCAUGCACAUGAUGACGGUGUUUUGGAAGUUGAUGUUCGCUUUUGUCCCGCCGACUGAGUACUGGAAUGGCUGGGCCUGCUUCAUCAUCUCCAUCAUCGUCAUUGGCUUCCUCACAGCCGUCAUCGGAGACCUGGCGUCUCAUUUUGGCUGCACUGUGGGGCUGCGGGACACCGUCACAGCCGUGGUGUUUGUCGCUCUCGGCACCUCCAUCCCAGACACGUUUGCAAGUAAAGUCGCGGCAGUUCAGGAUCAGUACGCUGACGCCUCUGUGGGAAACGUGACAGGAAGCAAUGCCGUGAACGUCUUCCUGGGGAUCGGAGUGGCCUGGUCCAUUUCAGCCAUCUACUGGGAGGUCCAAGGUCAGCCGUUUGAAGUGGAGCCAGGCUCUUUGGCUUUCUCCGUUACACUUUUUACCAUCUGCGCCUUCAUCGACAUGGGCGUGCUCAUGCUGCGGCGCCGCCCCUCUGUGGGUGGAGAGCUGGGCGGGCCUAAAGCCCUCAAGAUCCUCACAUCCAUGCUAUUCAUUGGCUUGUGGCUCCUGUACAUUACCUUCUCCAGCCUGGAGGCAUACUGUCACAUCCAGGGCUUCUGAGAAAACACACUUACAUGCACUUUUUUUUACACAAUGGGGUCAUCAUUUGAAAGUUUUUUUUCUCCACCAUAAUGAAACCGAGAGGCUUUCUUCAUCAUCCUCAUCAGCUUCAUCUACAGGGGUGGAUAAACUUAUUACUGACAUUAUUUUAUAGUCUGUUAUAACAGAACCACUCAUCCUUAAGAACAGACUAAAAUAUUUUCCAUGAUUGAUAUUUAAACUCGAAUCUGAACUGAUGGCCUAAACGAGUGAAAUGAAUUAAUCAAACUCAAAAAUAAGGAUUUCUUUUACAUUUCAUUGUGGAUAUUUUAUGAUUGUUAUAUUUAUGUGUUCCAGCUUAUAUAGCACUAAAAUGUCUCAGUGUUAUUAACUACUCGUUCAAAUUAUAUCUUCCAGGACAUUCUGAUGAACUGAUCAAAGACUCAAAUAUAGAAAAUAUUUAUCUUUUUAUCAGCUUACAUGGGUAUUUAAUCAGAAACAGCAAACAACAAAUGUACAAAAUGUACUAAUACAGAAUUAGGUAAUCAUGAUAUAAUGCUUGGGUAUAUACAGGGUUAAAAACAUAUCUAGUAUACUGUAGGUCUUAAUAUUGUUACAUUUAAGAAACUUCUUUUGAAAACAUGCAAUACGGUGUUCCUCAAGGUUCUCCUUAGGUCCUUUAUUGUUUUCCUCCUAUAUUCGUUUCCUCUCAAAUUAAAUUUUUCCUUUCUUUUUUGUUUUUAUUUUCUUACUUUUUAUGUUUUCUACCUUUUUCGCCUUUUCUUUAAUUUUUCCUUUUUUAAACUUCCUCUUUUUUAGAGUCCUCUUCCUCAUAUCAUCUAUCCCCAAAAUUUACAAUGCCUGUUUAAAAUCUGAAAAUGUGCUGGAGCCCAUCCAAACUUUUAAUCAAAUAUUUGAUCAACAAACAAUAACAAGACUAAGAUAUAUUUCCCAAAACCUUCAUUUUAUUUUAGAGCAAUACAACAAAUGUGCAAAAUUAGGCCUGUAUUCUGGAUGGUUGACACUGGAUAAUUUUCUGAUAACAGAUUUUCUUUUUUUACCUGAAACCAUCUAUUUUAACUCUGCCCCUGCCAAUGAUGCCAGAUGUGGUUUCUCACCAAUAAAAAUAUUAAAGAUAUGGCCCAAAAGUAAGAUAAAUGAUGAAUAACAUGUAAUUUAAAUCACCUGGCUUUGUUUAAUUAGUUUUGAUUACCUUUCUGAAUUUUUUUAGUCAUUUAAUGGAAACCAGGAGGGCAUGACCCACACUUUGGGAAACAGUUAUAUUUCACAUUUUUCUUUCUUCACUAUCUUGUUUCUGCUCCCCCUUUCUCCCCUUACCAUUUAAAAAAAUUCUUUCAAUAUGGUGUCCAUCAGGGUUCUAUAUUAGGCCCCUUCUUUAUUUCCCUUUAAAUUCCACCAUGCAGGACUAUCAUGCAGACAACACAAUUACAGAUUUAGCACCUGGUACAGAUUUGUCAGCACAGCUACACAAAAUGCAAGACUGUUUUAAAUAUGUAAAAACAUAUACAAACAGAACAUCCUUCCUAUGAAGUAGAAUUAAACAAAAAUACCAGUCUUAAGAAAUAAGUCUCCCAGCGAUAACACUAACACUUGUAUUCGUUAAACCUUGACUAAUGUAGCUUCAGUAAAGGACCUUGGCAUAGUUUUAUCUUUAAAUUUGUAUGUAAAUAAAACAACGUCUUAUUAUUUCCUACACCAUGUCUUUAUCAUCAUAGACCGCUGUUGCUAAAUAGCGGUUCUGCUGCGUCUUUAAGUGCACUUUGGCAGUCUAUAGCUUUAUCAUGAAAAGAAAAUCAAACAUACAAAUAUUGCUGAUGACUUUUGAUGUUAAAAUUGUGUAAUGUUCUUCUAAAGAAGUAUAACCCAUCCUAGUGAUACUUCCUGCUCUAUGAUGUUUUUUACUGAUCUCUUCAAGCAGACUAGC